AUGGCGACAGUAAAUGAAUCAAAUGCAUGUUCAAUCUGUAAAAAACCUUCAAUUAAAUAUUUUUGCAUUGGGUGUAAACAACAUUUUUGUCCAAAGGAUUUCAAAGGACAUGAACAACAACUAUCAAUAAAAUUCGAUAAUGAAAUAGUUAGAUCACACGAUGAACUUCUUGAUCAAAUACAAAAAUUAGAAAAAUCAAAUAAUUUUUCAUCUGAUCUUUUUACUCAAAUUGAAGAAUGGAAAAAAACAACAAUCAAUAAAAUAGAAAAAGCAGCAGAAAAAGCUCAUCAUGAACUUAUCGAAUUAAUCCAUAAACAAAGAAUCAAAAUAAGAAAACAACUUGAAACAAUCACAAAAGAAAUUCGUUGUCGUCGAGAAGAAGAAAAUUUUCUUGAAAAUGAUAUUGUUCGAUUAAAACAAAAUCUCAAUGAAAUUCAAGAAACACUUCAACAAUUGUUUCGAAAAGAUACAAAUAAAGCCAUUAUUGUUGAUAAUGAUCAAAUUGAUUGGAAUCGAUUAAUCUACAUUCGAGAAGAACAACAAACCUGUGAGUAUAUUGAACUAGAAAUAGAGAAAAAUAGAAAUUCUAAAACAAACUUAUCGAAUAUUAUUUGUCAUUCAAUUGAACUUUUUCACUUCAUUAAUAGAUUAGAGUUACUUCGAGAGAGACAAUUGAACAGAUCUCCAUUCGAAAUGAACCAUAUUCAACUCUCCGAAAUAUCAUUUCGAAUUCCGAUAGAAAUCAUUUCUAGAAUACGGCACAGAAUAGUCAUUUGGAUAUGAUUGAUUUCGUUUUAGGAAAGAGUUUUACUAUUGAACAUAUGAGGUUACGAGUCUCCAAUAAUGUAUAUCAAAGCUAAUAUAUACUCUCUAGUAAAGAUUGAUUUACAAGUCGCAUCGAUCAGAAUAGGUUUUCAUUCAUUUUAAGAUUUUUCGAUAUUUCAAAGACUCAAAUCGUUUAACACAAUUUAUCUGAACGAACUUUUCUUUUUUAUUAUUCUACAUAAAAUUAAGAAAAUUUCGAUGAGAGUUAAAGUAAAUUCAAGAUCUUUUUAUUUGUUCAUGUAUUUUACGAGUUUUAAUCGUUCUCAAUGAUGAAAAUGACACUUUCAACAAUUAGAGAACAUUCGCUUUUAUCCGUUGGGAAUUAAAAACUCCAUUCUAUAAUUCUAAAACAAGAGUCAUUUCAGAAGAUUUUCAUACAUCUGAGAAUAAUUUUUAAAAAUGCAAACAUUUUAAUCAUCGAGAAAUAUUUGAAAAAAAUAUUUCAAGUUCAAUAUCAUACUGAAUUAUUGAAGGAUGAACUAAUAAACAAUGAAUUCGCAUGUUUCUAUGUGAAUCAAAUGUUCGGGGUACUAUGAUUGUUUAUUCAAAACCACUAACAUCUUUGGAAUUAGCAUAGAAAACUGGGUCGACUUUCUAUAUAUAUAUAUUUUAAAGUUUUUCGACAAACCUUCGGUCUUGAAAAAUUCAUCUGGAUUGAGUCAGUGAGACACAAAAUAACAAAUAACUUAACAAUAAAGAUUGUAUUUUUCUUAAAUUUAUUUUGUUGACUAAUUUUUGAGGAGAACCUCGACUGAAUUUUUCGAGAAAAAAAAAGUUCUCUGAAAACCUUUGAAAUAUAUAUAUAUAAGUCCGCUUAACUUUUUAUGCUGAUUCCAAAUAUGCUAUUGACGAUGGUGUCUAAACGAACCUCAAGUAGUCUUUUUUAACAAAAGCCACUUCUGAAUUCACUUUUUCAAAAUCAAGCAAAAACUCAUGAUGUCUUUUUCUUUUGCUCGAAAUAUUGAGAAAACAGUCAGCAACUUUAGUCGUUCCAGCUGAAAAUUUUAUCCGAAAUAGACUAUAGAAUGGAUAGUCGAUUGACAUCGUUUUCAGUUGAAAAUGCAUUAGUGUGGAAAUAUUUAUGCGAAUCGCU